AUGGAUACCCCUAAAACUCCCUUCAGUGGAAUUAAGAAAGAUGUUCGAGGAAGAUUGCAGUGUUACAAGCAAGAUUGGAUCGGGGCACUAGGUUCAGGAGCAAGAAUAUUGGCUCCAACAGCAUACAUCUUCUUUGCCUCCGCCCUUCCAGUAAUUGCAUUCGGUGAGCAGCUGAAUAAGGAUACAGAUGAUACGUUGAGCUCCGUGGAAACUCUCACCUCUACUGCUGUAUGUGGAAUCAUCCAUGCACUAUUCGGUGGACAACCACUUUUGAUAUUAGGUGUUGGUGAACCUACAGUUAUAAUGUACAGUUACCUGUACAAUUUUGCCAAAGGAAGGCCAGAGUUGGGGAAGGAACAAUUUCUUGCUUGGGCUGGAUGGGUCUGUGUCUGGACCGCUGUGAUGUUGUGUGUCCUUGCCAUACUCAAUGCUUGCACAAUCAUCACAAGAUUCACAAGGAUUGCUGGGGAACUUUUUGGCAUGUUGAUUUCGGUGCUUUUUAUGCAAGAGGCUAUUAAGGGAAUAAUAAGUGAGUUCCACAUUCCAGAAGGAGAAAAUGAUAUAAAAGAGGAGUACCAAUUUCAUUGGCUAUAUACAAAUGGGUUAUUUGCGGUUAUUUUGGGUUUUGGUACCCUCAUGACUUCCAUGAAGAGUAGAGGUGCUAGAUCUUGGCCUUAUGGUGUAGGUUGGAUAAGGGCUUUUAUAGGAGAUUAUGGGGUUCCUUUUAUGGUCGUGUUGUGGACUGCAAUAUCUUAUGCCAAGCCCAGAGAAGUUCCUCACGAAGUUCCACGACGGCUCUUCUGUCCUCUUCCUUGGGAAGCUGGAUCUUUAUCCCAUUGGACAGUCGUCAAGGAUAUGGCGAAGGUUCCAGUGAUUCACGUUUUUACUGCCAUAAUACCAGCCUUGAUGAUUGCUGCCUUGUACUUUUUCGACCAUAGUGUAGCUGCACAAAUGGCACAACAGAAAGAAUUCAAUCUUAAAAACCCCUCUGCUUAUCAUUAUGAUUUAUUGUUGCUUGGAUUCAUGACUUUGAUUUGUGGCAUGAUUGGAGUCCCACCGUCAAAUGGUGUCCUCCCACAAUCACCCAUGCACACUAGGAGUCUUGCAACUCUUGAGAAACAGUUGAUACGGAAGAAGAUGGUUAUGUGUGCGAAGGAAGGCAUUAAGAUGCAGGCAAGCAACUCAGAAAUUUAUGGAAGGAUACAUGCUGGUUUUGUUGAGAUGGAUCCUCUUCCAAAAAGUCCUGAAGACAAAGAGUUGGAAGACUUGAAGGAAGUGGUCAUGAAUCGUGAAGAUGGAGGAGAAGCCAAGGGCAAAUUUGAUCCUGAUAAGCAUAUUGAGGAUCACAUUCCAGUCCGAGUCAACGAACAAAGAGUAACAAAUCUACUUCAGUCCUUCUUAGUGGGCUUUGCAGUCUUUGCUAUGCCUGCCAUCAGGAUGAUACCCACCUCUGUUCUAUGGGGAUACUUCGCCUACAUGUCCAUAGAUAGCCUUCCUGGUAAUCAAUUUUGGGAAAGAUUGUUGCUGCUUCUCAUCCCCUCCGGCCGGCGUUUCAAAAUCUAUGAAGCGCCUCAUGCUUCUUAUGUGGAGUCGGUGCCAUUCAAAUACAUAAUGAUGUUCACAUUCUUCCAGCUCUUGUAUUUCUUGGUUUGUUAUGGAAUUACAUGGGUACCAAUAGGUGGAAUAUUGUUUCCGCUACCAUUCUUCUUGCUAAUACCCAUAAGAGAGUAUUUUCUUCCCAAACUGUUCCCGCGUCAACAUCUUCAGGAACUGGACUCCUCUGCUUACGAAGAAUUUAUUGGGGACCCAGUUCACAAUAUCAGUCUUUCACGGAGGGUGUUUGAACACGGAGGAUCUGACGAGGAUAACAUGGAUAGCGACUUUGAUUUGUCUUCCACGGAGAUAUUGGAUGAAAUGAUGACCCAUAGAGGCGAGUUGAAGCUAAUAUCAAGCUUCAACGAUAGGCAGUUUCAUGUUAAUUCACAAAACGGAGAUUCAAUGGCCUAGAGUGGCAUGAUCAAUGGAUGUAGAUGACUACUUAAAAUUCUUUGACCAAAAACUUGUCAUGAUCCUCUCAUAGAAUCGAUGACUCACGCCUAAUCCAUGAGGCAGAUUAACAAUUUAAAGAGGGAAAAGGAGAAAACAGUCU